GCCUCAGACCUUUUUAAGCUCUUAUACCAUUAAGAUGUCUCUUUCGGGCGCUGACUUAGACGAUUCGCAAGGCGCUUCGCGCCCAUCAGACGAUACCGAAAUAGACUUAGGCCUCAAUCAGGAGGAAAAUUUAGUGAACAGCAAGGACAGUGUUUCGCAUAAGAAAAGAAGAUCGAGUUCUUCGUCAAGUAGUAGCAGCAGCUCCUCGUCUUCUUCAUCAUCCCUUUCAUCAUCUUCCUCGUCGUCAUCUGAUGAGUCUCACAGCCCAUCACCAAAGAAGAAGAAGACAGACGGCGACGGGAGAAAAGGUUCGAACGAAAAGAAGAGAUCGCGAAAGAAGAAGAAGAAGGAUGCGGAGAAACCUCCUACGGUUACUUCCUGUAAGGUACUCCGUUCUCAAGCUAAGCUGGCUAAAUUAGUGAUGGCGAGAGGUUUACAACUGGCAAAAGUUAAGCUUCUGCGAAACAAGUAUGAUUUAUCUGUUCCAUCUAAAUACUCGUUAAACUGCCCCGCUUUGGACGAUACCUUUUUUCGACGGCUGUCGUCUCUGAAGAGCUCAUCAGCGUCGAAAGUUAACAUUGAUCAACGAGAAAAGGCUCUCUUGGCGCUUCAGUUCAAGAUACUGGACAUCGGUAGACCCCUACUAUUUCUUGGUUCUCGUCUGGAGGACCCGGAGUGUAUCGAGGCGCUGGAGACAGCUCUGCAGUUAUGGGGAGUAGCUUUCAACGACAUAACGAAAUCAAGACGUCGAAACAUCCUGCGUCAAACAGAUCCCAAGAUGGAGUCGCUCCUGGAAGACCAAGAUAAUUUUGAAUUUUCAGAGUCCAACCAUCUGUUUGGACGCCAUUUUUUAAAGGCCAUGGUGAGAACGGCAGAUGAUGAAGCUAAACUUAACGCAGCGGGCAGAAACAACGGAUCGUCCACCAGUCGCCAUAGGCGCGAUUCGAGAGGAAGGCGGCUCGAUCAGAGAAAGGAUCGUCACCCAUCCCGCAACCAGUUCGACAAAGGUUACGGCAAGAAUCAAGGAUAUUCGAAUCAGAACAAUGGGUAUGUCACCAUUCCUUCAAAUAUUUCUUUAGUCGAUAAAACGCCCAUUCCAGUAGGGGGGAGGUUGGGUGCGUAUGCGUUGGCUUGGAACCGAUUCUCAAAGGAUCCAUGGGUGUUAAGCAUCGUGUCGUUUGGCCUUCAAAUUGAAUUUUUGUCUAGGCCUAUACAAUUUCCCCCCCCUCCCAAUAAAGUGACAGGUGACUUGCAACUAGAAAUUAUCGAAUCCGAAAUCGACGCUCUUUUGGGGAAAAAAGCUAUUGAGGAAACUCAAGAAAUAGGGUUUAUUAGUAGCAUCUUUACAAUUCCAAAGAAAUCGGGAGGUUUUCGCCCGGUGGUUAAUCUAAAGGCUCUUAAUAAAUUUGUCGUGUACAACCACUUUAAAAUGGAGGGCCUGCCGACAGUUAAAAGCAUUGUGCGGGCGAAUGACUGGUUAGCUAAACUAGACCUCUCCGAUGCAUAUUUAACAGUGCCUUUGCACCCGUCACACCGUCGCUUUGUCCAAUUUACAUGGAAAGGGAAGAUUUUUCAAUUCACAUGUUUGCCCUUUGGUUUGUCCUCCGCACCGCGAAUAUUCACUAAGCUGCUCAAACCCAUUGUGUCCUUCUUGAGGAAAAGGGGCAUCAGAUUGGUUAUUUAUUUGGAUGAUAUUCUCAUCAUGAAUUCGUGUCCAGAAGGAUUGGCCAGGGAGGUCGCGUUAGUCAGAUCAACGCUAGAGGAGGUGGGUUUUUUAAUUAAUGAUAAAAAAUCAGAGGCAGACCCCACCCAGCGAUUAGAAUUUCUGGGACUGAUGUUGGAUACAGCGCAUUUAACUUUGGCCCUGACCGAAGCGAAAAAAGAAGCGUUGUUGAGGACAUGUAAAAAACUCCUGGCCAGUCGUGAGGUGGCGCUUUGGGAUCUGGCCUCGUUAUUGGGGAAUUUCAAUUGGGCUACAGCGGCAGUCCCGUUUGCCCAAGCCAAUUUAAGGAAUAUUCAGAAUUUGUAUAUUAGUCAUACAAAGUCAGCGGAAGGAAAUUUAGGAGUAAAAACCAUCCUUUCAGAUGAGGCUAGGGAGGAUUUGGACUGGUGGAUUAGACAGCUGGAUCAGUCGAUGGGCAAAUCCUUUUUAACAUCGGACCCAGAUUUAGUGCUUUUUUCCGACGCUUCCAUGACCGGUUGGGGUGCGACGGACAGCAAUUGUAGCACAGGAGGGAAAUGGUCCAGUUAUGACGUGGGGCGCCAUAUCAAUGAGCUAGAGCUGUUGGCGGCAUUUUUAGCACUGCAAUAUUUCGCAAACGCUUCACGGAAUUGCUCCAUCAGGCUAAAUAUUGAUAAUACGACGGCAGUAGCUCAUAUCAAUAAAAGCGGAGGCACAAGGUCGCCUCAACUGCUCGAAAUAGCGCUAAAAAUCGCCAAAUGGAGCGAAAGGAGGAACAUUAUGUUAGAUGCAAAAUAUCUACCAGGAGCUCUUAAUAUUGUGGCAGAUAUGGAGUCCAGGAGAUCGUUCCAGGACAGUGGGGAUUGGCAUUUGAACCGCAGGGUUUUCCAAAAGAUCUGGGAGCGCUGGCACCCGAAAAUAGAUCUAUUCGCGUUGCCUUGGAACGCCCAGUUGCCGGAAUUUGUCUGCUGGCACCCCGAUCCAGCGGCAUGGAUGACAGAUGCCUUCUCUCUCAAUUGGAAGUACAUCAACGGCUAUGCGUUCCCUCCAUUCAAUCUAAUAGGGAAUUGUAUCCGGAAAAUGAGACAGGAUCAAUCCCAGCUGACGCUAGUUUGCCCGUAUUGGCCCAGCCAACCUUGGUUCCCGUUGCUGCUGGAGACAAUAGUCGAUAUCCCGAGGGUACUGCCUUAUCGCAAAGAUUUACUGAUCGAUGUGAACGUGGAGACUCAUCCUCUGCUGACAACCAACGCUCUGUGCUUAAUCGCGUGGAGAUUAUCCGGAAUCGCUUCAGAAGCGAACGAUUUCCGGACCAGGCUAUCGAUCUUAUACUGGCCGGCAACCGACCAGCCACACACGCUGGCUACGAGGCCGCCUGGAACCAAUGGUCAGAUUGGUGCAAUAGGAAUGGUCACCAUCCCCUGCAUAGCUCUGUAG